UCUCUUCCCAUUGGUCCAGCGGGGCAAAGUGCAGAGAACAACAAACAAGAUAGGGUGAAGACCGUCGGGAUGGAUGCAGCUACCUUGACAUACGACACACUUCGCUUCGGAGAGUUUGAAGAUUUUCCUGAGACCUCAGACCCUGUUUGGAUCUUAGGAAAAGAAUACAAUGCACUCACAGAGAAAGAUGAGAUUUUAUCAGAUGUCACUUCACGACUGUGGUUCACAUACAGAAAAAACUUCCCUCCGAUCGGGGGAACAGGACCAACAUCAGACACAGGAUGGGGAUGUAUGUUGCGUUGCGGCCAGAUGAUCCUCGGCGAGGCUUUGGUGUGUCGACAUUUAGGCAGAGACUGGAGAUGGGUCAGAGGCCAGAAACAAAGAGAAGAGUACAUCAGUAUUCUCAACGCCUUCAUUGACAAAAAAGACAGCUAUUAUUCCAUCCAUCAAAUUGCUCAAAUGGGAGUUGGAGAAGGAAAGCCUAUAGGCCAGUGGUAUGGACCAAACACAGUCGCCCAGGUUCUAAAGAAGCUGGCAGUGUUCGAUACAUGGAGCAGAUUAGUUGUACACGUGGCGAUGGACAACACCGUGGUCAUCGAGGAGAUCAAGCUUCUUUGUAUGCCUUGGCUGGACCCUGCAGGAGCCUGUGGUGAGUCAGAGGGAGUGGGUGAGCUCAAUGGCUGCCUGGAGGGUGCAUGUGCCCUGUCAGAGGAGGAGACGGCUCUCUGGAAACCUCUCGUCCUGCUCAUCCCCCUCAGGCUGGGCCUGAGUGAUAUAAAUGAGGCCUACAUUGAAACCCUCAAGCAAUGCUUCAUGCUGCCUCAGUCCCUGGGUGUUAUUGGGGGAAAACCCAACAGUGCCCAUUACUUCAUUGGUUAUGUCGGGGAGGAGCUCAUCUACUUAGACCCGCACACCACACAGCCGGCGGUGGAGCCGUGUGAAGACGGCCAGGUCCCCGAUGAGACGUACCAUUGUCAGCACCCGCCUUGUCGCAUGCACAUCUGUGAACUGGACCCGUCCAUUGCAGCGGGUUUCUUCUGCAGAACAGAGGACGAGUUUGACGACUGGUGUAUGCGCAUAAGAAGGCUCUCCUGCAACAGAGGGGGCUUGCCUAUGUUUGAACUAGUAGACAGUCAGCCCUCUCACAUGGUCAGCGUGGAUGCCCUUAACCUUACUCCUGAUUUCUCCGACUCGGACAGGUUGGAACGGUUCUUUGAUUCAGAAGACGAGGAGUUCGAGAUCCUUUCCUUAAGGGAAGCCUGAGGGGAUGAACAUUUCUGGAGACCUCUUGAGCCGGUCCAGCUCCAAUGGUGUAGUUCAGCGUGUGUCACACAGCGUUCCUUCUCAACAGCCUCUGAAUGCUCUCUGUAUCCGACAUUGAGACUGCCUGGUGGAAGCCGUAGCAGGAGCUCAGGAUCAAUUCUGUAUGCACAUCUUCACAUUACAUGUGUUUCCAUUUGAGUCUUAACACUUUAAAUGUUUAUUCUGAAGUGAUAUGGUGCCUUUCCCUGACUCCAUAAGUAAAAAAAAAUUGCCAUAACAGUUUUAUGUUGUAUAGACACAUAAUGGUUCAUGAUGCCCAUGGCUUAUGCGGUUUGUAACUAACUGAAAUCUGUAACAGCCUGUAAUGAAACCAAAUUUAGUCAGAUCUGCAGACAAGUUGUAUUAAUUGCAAAGUAUCCUUGCCAAGUCUAAAACAUAUACACUAGUUCAUUUGAAGAUUAUUUAUUUACUCAACACAAUAUGUAGACAGGUGAAAGAAUAGACAUGUAAGAGGAUUCAAAAAUAAAAAUCAGACUGAUAUUUGAA